UAAAAAGGAAAAUUAAAAACAUUUUAAAAGUGAAGUAAAAUAGAAAAAAUUAAGAAAAGGAUAGGAAUUGGCCCUACAAUGCCAAUGGAACUACUCAUCACUAAAGGAAACAUUUGGCUCAUGAAGCUCAUAGGGAGUAUGAAGAAGGUGUCGUUACAUAGGUAUGAUCGAUCAAAGCCAUAUACAUUCCAAACUUCUCCAUGGUAGCAUGUUGGCAAGUAAGGAAAUGUCUCAUUGCUAGGCUUCCCUUUUUUAUCCUCUUGGCAGUGAUAAAAAUAACAAACCUUGGCAGACAUAUGCCUACUUAAUUUGAGCCUAGCAAACACCAUAAGAAGCCUAACUCUUAGGCCUUGUAGAAAAAAGACAUUUUAUUCUCGUAUCUUAAGAGACAAAUGUAUUGGAAUUGGAAUCUCCACUAUAUUGGCUAAGAAACUAACACAAACCUUUUAUAACUAUAGGGAGUAAUACAAUUUUCUUCGACAAUCGAUGUGGUACCAAACUUCGCAGUUAGCUUCUCAGCUCUUGAGUUAACUACCUCUCACCUCCCUUUCCAACCAUGGAACCCAACCCCCAUAUUAGUAUUUUUGAUAGAAUCGAAUGAAUCUAAACAAAAAAGGAAGGGAAAAGAGAAUGUUAGAAGGAAACAAUAACCAUAAAGAACAUGAGAGUGCCAGAAAACAACACAAAAAAAAAAACAUAGGAAGAGAGGAAGAACAAAAACAGUGUAAAAGGGAACAAAUAGAUUAUUGAAAAAGGGAAUUUGCCUACUGCAAGGAUAUUAUCAACAUCAUAGCGACAAUCACCACCUCUCAAUGUCCUAAAAUGUAUGUUAGACAUAGUUUUGACUACACCCAGAGUGGUGAAAAUUGAUUCACAAUUAAUUCAUUUAAUGUUUUUGUUAUAACGUAGACAAUCGAUUAAGUAAGCAUAAGAGACAUACAAAAUCACCAAAUUACUUGCUCAACGGUUAGUCGAUUGAACGACAAAAUAAUAGAUAAUCGACAAUAAGGUUAUAAGGGACUGUACGGUUACGAUUAACCGACUAAUAUGAACGGUGUGAUUAAUGGUAAGUAUAAAUUGCUUAACAGUUAAUAGAAUGAAUGGUCACAAUUAUUACCGAAUCAAACCUACUUUAGUUGGCAUUGGAUGACAGGUUGUUUGGAUGCAACAUUUGGAUGAGUUAUUUUGGCCGAAAUAACUCAUUCCGAGGUAUUUGGAUUAAAAUAACUCGCUUGGCAAACAAAAUGUGGGUUGCGUUAUUGAUGACUCGGUAUUUGCACAUGUUUUCUCCUUUGUUUCUUGAUUGUUUGAGCUUGAAUUAUUGCGUCUUUGGCCUAUUUUAUGCUAGGUUGUGUUCCUUUGUCCCAUUUCAGGUCCUAGCACAUAAAGUGAAGCAUAGGCGCAAGUUUCAAGUCAAUCAGAGAUCAAUUGACGAUUCGAGAGAAGAAACUCGGGCAUGACCUGAAGAAGAAUGGAUUUCUACCUCACUUUAUGGACAAAGAAUCAUGCAAGCUUGUUAUGAAACGAAAGAGGACGAGACUACGAGCGUCUGGGAUCAAACGGCGAUUGAUUCGGAGUCCGGACGAGGGAGAAACGAAGCAUUAAACAGAGGCUGAGCAAGCUGCACGGGCAGACCAGCGUGGCCACGCACGGCCGUGCAAGUGACCAGUUUGGCCGUGCGGGAUUGUGCGUGGGCACGCACGGGAUUGUGCGUGGCCACGCACGGCCGUGCAACAUACAAUUCUGGCCGUGCGAGUUGGCUGAGGUUCAACUAAUUGAUACGCCGCGUUUUGAGGUGCACGGCCAGAAUGGUGAUGUGCACGGCCGUGCACCCUGGCCGUGCGAGUCGGGAUUUCCUGGUUUUAAGCCAAAUUCCGAACCAAAGAGGAGGGAGAGCUGGGUUUUGGAUCCCAAAAACCCAAGGGACGAACCCUAGAGAGAGAGAGCGACUUGGGAACAUUCUUGGAGCUAUUUUGGAGGAUUUCUUCGCCAUUGGAGCUCGGGAAUCAAGCUUGGAGAUGGAGAUUGAAGAUCUAGAUCAGAUUUCUGCAGUCUCUCUCUUCUCUAUGGAGUAACUUCUCUUCACUUAGGUUUUGAGGAACCCUAGUUCCAUGAGUUAGGAUCUUUCUUGUAUGAAGUUUUGGAUGCUUUAUUGUUUGAUUAUAAUCGAUUGAGGCAUGAUUUAUUGAGUCAAUUGGAUCUUGAUCAAAUUCUCUUGAUUUCUGCUUUAACCUAUGAUAGAUAGAAUCUGAUUAGGUUAAGAGAGCUUCCUUGAUUGAUAGUAGUGAAUUGGUUGUGCGAGAGUCAAUCAAUUCACUGCUUUGUACUGGAAUUCAUUCCAGUAGUGGAGUUCUGUGCUUAUUGCUUCAGCGUUCUAUCCCGGUGAAGACUAGUCGUCUGCCGGAUAGUUAGACUGAGAGGGCUUGGUCAGCUUAAGAGAUUCCAAGCUACUGUCGGAUCUUCCGCAGUUUAAUCAACAGUAAAUCAACCAAAAUGAAUUACAACUUGGACCUAAUUGAGGAGCUAGGGGGAAUCAUACCUAAGUGAGUUCCCAAACUGUAAUUAGUAGUUUUACUUAGUUUAGUUAGUAGAGUAGUUUAGUUAAUCAAUCCUUAAUCUAGUUUGCUAGAUAAUGAACUGAAGCUGAGUAAUAGUAACUCUAGAGACCCGUGGAUUCGAUAUUUAUUACUUGUGCCACUAUACUGCAGUCCCUUUCAUUGGUUACACUUGGCCAUUGUUAGGUGUUGUGUUUUAGAGCACCAAGUUUUUGGCGCCGUUGCCGGGGACUUUCUAGAGUAUUAGGAAAGGCAGAAGUUUGUUACUUUAGCGUUUUUCUUUUCUUUUCCACCCUUGCUUUUCACUUGGGUGUUUUUGUUUUUGUUGGUGCAGAUCUGAAUCAUGGAUCCUAAUGGCUUCUCCAAUCAUUGGGGGUAUCCACCACCAUCCGGGUGGUAUUACCCUGAGACUCCCUGGAGCAAUCAAGGAGGAGAAGACUAUGGAUUCGGAUUCCAGUACCAACCCCCUUUCUACGGAGAACAACCAGACCCCUGGGCAUAUCAAGAACAAUCUCCUUAUCAAGAAGAAUUCCUCCCACAACAAGAAGGGCCAUCGGAUCUGGAGUUACCCAUGGCGGCCUUCACGGGCCAUUCUGCAGAGCCAUGCUACACUCCACAGCCAGAUCCAAACUAUGAAUUGAGGCUUCUCGUGGAGCAGAUUGCUCGAGUACCUGAGAGAUCUUUUCCCGAGAUGGAUCCUCAUAUCCAGGCCAUUGCCCAAACUGACUUUUCCUUCCCCCGUGAAACAGAGGAUACCAUCCGGAGCAUAAAGAAGCACCUAGAGGUCAUUGAGAAAGCUUGUUCACAGUUUUCUCAAGACAACCUUUAUGCUGCCAUACAAGUAGAGGAGGAGGAAGAAAAAGGCAAUCAUGAGGAUGUUGAGGAGCAUACAGAAGUUGUCAUAGAAAGCUCCCAUGAUAAUCAUGAUCAAGUGUAUCCUUUGGUGGUAGAUCAUAACUUUCACCAUUUCCGCUCUGACAUGCUGGGCUCGAGUGAGGAGAUGCAAGCUGAACUUAUCGAGAACCUUGCAUGGAGACUUGCUCUCCAAUUCGUGCUGGAAGAAGAAGAGCAAGAAAGGGUGCAGAAAGAAGUUGUGAAGGAUGACAAAAGUGAAGCAGAAGGAGUUCUUGAUCUUUUCUCAGGGGUGAUACCACAUGAAGAAGAAAGGGAGGUUGAGGAAGCAAUUGGCGUCCAGGCUGAGGAUGAAGUUGAGGUGGAAGAGGCAUGCACCGGCCAUGAGUUGCAAGUAAUAUCCCCACCAAACUUUGAGGAACUGCUUGGCAAGGACCCAUUUGCAGUGUCUCUUUGCCAGACCAAGGCCACAUCGACAUCGGUCCCUCUUGGUGGACGCGAUGGUGGCCAAUCGAUGCUGUCAUAUCUGGUUUGGGGCAAUGAGACGAGAGAAGAGAAGAAGAGGUCUCGAGGGUGGAGACUUCAUCUGCAUCAAGUACAUGAGCCUUCAUCACCUGCCACACCACAUGCUCAUGACUUGCGACUCCACCUCAUCGACGAGAACCUCAACUUCAAGGAGGUUCUAGCAUGGACCGAAACUUAGGAGCCAUCGUCCGGCUCACGACGUGAAAGAAGCGCUUGUUGGGAGGCAACCCAACCAGUCGGUUUGCAUUUCUUUCUCUAUUUCUCCUCGGUUGAGUCAGUUUUGUUAUUUGAUUUUAGAGUCAAUAACUCAACCUUUGUGAGAUUUUGUGUGGUGUUUGUGUUCUGAUUACUCUCUCUUCCUGGAAUGCACUGCCUGACCCGUACAUCAUCAUUCACCCUUGAUCUGGUAACUUCGUUCUACCCUCCUUAUCUUUCCUCCAUUGAGGACAAUGUCGUGCUUAAGUGUGGGGGGAUGUUCGAUUAUGUAUGCGGGUGAAUGUUUGGCUGUUUGUGUGCUUGGAGCCUAGUCCAAGUACGUGUUUCCAUGCAAUUGCCUGCUCAGUAUGCUUUGAAUUGACAGUCUUUACAGUAAUAUGCAACCUAGGGAGGUAGUGUAGCACUAUGGAGGAUGUUGAUGCAUUUAAGAAGUCUCAUUGCUUCUUCAUAUUGUGUUGGUUGAUUGAGUGAAUUAGUGAUCUUAGGAUCCUUGAAUUGUGUGGUGUUGUGGAUUCUCUACCUGUCAUGGACUCUUGUAUCAUGUUUUGAGUUUAACAGGUGCUCGAAAUUGUGCUUCAAAAUAACGUCUCCCGUGCGAAUAGGGCGAAAGUGUGUAAGGGGAGACGGGAAUUCGUUCCCAAUUUCCACCUACUACCUCCAGCCCCCUUACAUGUCUUUCCCCCGCACGAGGCUCGAGACAUCCGCUCCUGGCAUGGCCGGUAAGAGCAGGUUGGGACCCUUGAAAAAGAAAAGAAAAGAAAAAUAUCAGAAAACAAGCAAAACAAAAAAAAGGGGGUCUCAACCAUCUUCAAGAAGCAGAAAAUAGAGCACCUUGAAAAAUGUGAGUCCAUGAUCUGUUGUUUUUGAGAAUCUCCUCAUCCACAAUUCAUUUGUCCUCUGUUCACUAUUUGCCAUGAUGCCGACUCGCCGAAGAAGUUAUGAGAUGACUUGUGCGUCGGUUGACCUCGUAAGCUGCUAAAUGAUCUAGGAAGUCCUCUACCUACGAUUUGGGUUGUUUGUUGCUAUAGAGGUCUGGAGAGUUGCAUUGGUUUGAGUUAGGUUUGCUUGGGGACAAGCAAACAGUUAAGUGUGGGGGGAUUUGAUGACUCGGUAUUUGCACAUGUUUUCUCCUUUGUUUCUUGAUUGUUUGAGCUUGAAUUAUUGCGUCUUUGGCCUAUUUUAUGCUAGGUUGUGUUCCUUUGUCCCAUUUCAGGUCCUAGCACAUAAAGUGAAGCAUAGGCGCAAGUUUCAAGUCAAUCAGAGAUCAAUUGACGAUUCGAGAGAAGAAACUCGGGCAUGACCUGAAGAAGAAUGGAUUUCUACCUCACUUUAUGGACAAAGAAUCAUGCAAGCUUGUUAUGAAACGAAAGAGGACGAGACUACGAGCGUCUGGGAUCAAACGGCGAUUGAUUCGGAGUCCGGACGAGGGAGAAACGAAGCAUUAAACAGAGGCUGAGCAAGCUGCACGGGCAGACCAGCGUGGCCACGCACGGCCGUGCAAGUGACCAGUUUGGCCGUGCGGGAUUGUGCGUGGGCACGCACGGGAUUGUGCGUGGCCACGCACGGCCGUGCAACAUACAAUUCUGGCCGUGCGAGUUGGCUGAGGUUCAACUAAUUGAUACGCCGCGUUUUGAGGUGCACGGCCAGAAUGGUGAUGUGCACGGCCGUGCACCCUGGCCGUGCGAGUCGGGAUUUCCUGGUUUUAAGCCAAAUUCCGAACCAAAGAGGAGGGAGAGCUGGGUUUUGGAUCCCAAAAACCCAAGGGACGAACCCUAGAGAGAGAGAGCGACUUGGGAACAUUCUUGGAGCUAUUUUGGAGGAUUUCUUCGCCAUUGGAGCUCGGGAAUCAAGCUUGGAGAUGGAG